AUGCAGGGAGCAAGAUUUGUGGAGACCAACUUGGUAUAGAAGAUGCUGAGAAAUCAAAACUAUGAUUUCCACAAAAGGAAAUUGGAUGAGAUCUAAACGGAUAAGAAGGCAAGAUUUGGCUUUAAGGAUUUGCCUAUUCUGAGUAAAACAUAGCACAUAAAGGCGAAAUCUUCUAGAUUUUAAAAAUCUGAAUAAAGAAAAAGAAUUGACGAAUAAAAUUAAUAUCUCAGUUCGCAUAUAAUCGAAAUUUAAGAAGGUAAGAACUCUCAAUUCAGAUCGAUUUGGACAGUGUAAAAUUUGAGAGAGAAAGCAUAUGCUGACACUUCUCAAUGGUGUGAAAACACUUUGGGUAAAAGACUUCAUUCACCUCUGAGAAGGAAGUAAUAGCAAUAGAUUGAUGAAGAAAAUUAAGAGUUACAAAAAAGACUUGAAUUAACCAAAUAAAUUUUAUUAGAAAAGCAACAAGAACAAAUAUCUAAAUAUGAAAAACUUCGUGAUCACAUGACUCGAAUUAAAACUAAGGGACCCAAUUCUCCAAUGACGAAUACUCAUUUCCCAUCAGUAAAGAGCAAAAGCACUACUCAGUUUGUUAACAAGCCAUACUAAUCUGACUCAAUUAUACAAAACAAUAGAAUGAAUGACUUGUUAAAGUCAGAAAUCAAUAUAAGCAAAAUAUCUAAAUUAGAAUGA